GACAAACCCAAAGAAAAAAAAAUCACCUCAAAACCGCCUCAUUUUUUUUUGUUUUUGCCGCAAUUUGUUUUGUUUUCUGGAUUUUCUGUGAUAUUUUAUUUAAUAAAUACCGUAAUGGGAACUAAGCAUGUAACAAGGCUCGAUGUGGAGAUGAAACUAGAAGUUAACACCGAAGAAUCAUGUUCAAGAAUGUUGCAAACGAUCAUUCAAGUGCUAUUGUUCCAGCGUAGUCAAAUUCCUUUCUGCUAUGAAGUUUUCAAAACUAUUGUGAACAAGCUCAAAGUGGAUAUGACCGCAGAAGAUCCGCUCAAAUGGGCAAACUACCAACUGGAGAAACAGCGAGAUUUAGCGAUUGAAAUGCUGCAUAAUAUACAAAUUCUUUUCAAGAAACUAACAGAAAUUGUGCGACAUAGUGAACAUGACAUCCAAGCUAUGCUAUUAUUUGGUUCCACUCUUUAUACAGUAAAGGAAGCAUUUAUAAUUAAUAUUCCGAUAGUUGAUAGAAAGCACUACCCUCAAAAUCACCGACAAGGAUUGGACGCCGCCAUGAAACUGCUGACAAGGCAAAUUAUUCUAUCCGAAGAUCUCCGACCUUCGGGUCGCCUAGUAGGACCAACAAACAUAUUUAUGGUGUUAGGAAUGCCUUUAUUGCACGAAACGGAGGGUCUUUCGCGGAAUUGUGAAUAUAACUUGAUCGAAGACUAUCAACUACCGAUAAAUUGCCUCAAAUACUUGAUAAACGUAAACAUUCGAAGAGAAGGUUGCGAAGGACUGGCAUGUUGUAAGCAAAUGGACGUUUUUAACGAUUCUUUACAAUGUUUAAAGAUUGACGAUUCUGGAAAUAACUGUGGUGAAAUCCUGAAAACUGCAGGUGAUUUGACAAAAAGAGACACGAUGUGGUACCAGAUAGGAAAAGCCUUCAAAGGCUAUAACGACGUUACGAUUAAAGGAAAAUCAAUUUGGAAUGCAGGAUUGUAAUCUAAUACAUGUUUCUCACCGUGUGCGUCGAAAAUUAUUAGACUUAUCAAUGUAACCGAACACAAAGACUGGCCUCAAUAAAUAGUUUUAUAACGCUUUA